GCGUUCGCGAGCGCGCCUGGCCCGAGUCGGCAGGGGGAGGGGGCGACGGCGGCGGACCGCUGUCUCACCGGUGUCCCACCUUGCCCGGCGCGGUCGGUCUGCGGGGGCCCGUUUGCCGCCUCCCAGGGGACCCGAUGGCAUCGGAGGGCCUGGCGGGGGCGCUGGCGGCGGUGUUGGGGGGCCAGGGGCUGAAUGUGCACAGCUGCGACUCGGUGCCGGCCGGGGAGCCCCGGGCGCCCGUGCGGCUGCGGAAGAACGUCUGCUACGUGGUGCUGGCCGUGUUCCUCAACGAGCAGGAUGAGGUGCUACUGAUCCAGGAGGCCAAGAAAGAGUGCCGUGGGUCUUGGUACCUACCCGCGGGGAGAAUGGAGCCUGGGGAGACCAUCGUGGAGGCACUGCAGCGGGAGGUGAAGGAGGAGGCCGGGCUGCACUGUGAGCCUCUGACAUUGCUGUCUGUGGAGGAGCGCGGCCCCUCCUGGAUCCGCUUUGUGUUCCUCGCUCGAGCCACAGGUGGAAAUCUCAAGACUUCCAAGGAGGCGGAUGCGGAGUCCCUGCAGGCUGGCUGGUACCCACGAACCUCCCUGCCCACUCCACUGCGAGCCCAGGACAUUCUACACCUGGUAGAGCUAGCCGCCCAGUACCGCCAGCAAGCCAGGCACCCUCUUAUUCUGCCCCAGGAGCUUCCCUGUAGUCUGGUCUGCCAGCGACUCGUGGCCACCUUUACCAGUGUCCAGACAGUGUGGGUGUUGGUGGGCACAGUGGGGAUGCCUCACUUGCCCAUCACUGCCUGCGGCUUCACUCCCAUGGAGCAAAGGGGUGGCAUCAAGAUGGCCAUCCUGCGGCUGCUACAGGAGUGUCUGAGCCUGCACCACUUGGCAGUGGAGACCAAGGGGUUGCUUGGACUGCAACAUCUGGGCAAAGACCAUGCAGAUGGCGUCUGCUUGAAUGUGCUGGUGACUGUGGCUUUUCGGAACCCAGGUAUGCAGAGUGAGCCCCCAAAGGUUCGGGGUGAGAACUUUUUUUGGUGGAAGGUGAUGGAGGAAGAUCUACAAAGCCAGCUCUUACAGAGACUUCAGGAAUCAUCUGUUGUCCCAGUCAACAGAUAGGAAGGUGCCAUCGUUGUGCAAGGAGCCAGGCUCCUGGGCCCUCUCCUCCCCCACCGCGGCUCUGCCUUCCUCUGAGGGAGGCAGGAGGUUGGCAGUCGGGUCUUGUUGCAUUAGGAGGUGAUUCUCCUAGUUCUCAGGGUAAUUUCCUUCUCUGUGGAACAGGUCCCUGCAUUGCACCAGGACAGUGCCUUUAACCAAACAAGGAGUUCAGAGCUCAAGGAUCUAAUUGCCCUGUGGGCACGAUGAGGGCACUACUCCCUAUGGGGAUGUGAGAACUUUCUGAACCUGAGAGGGCAUCUACUCGUCAUUUUCCAUGCUUGCCUCAGUAAAGGCCUACAUCCCGAUUCUCAGGCACUUAGAAUACGGACUUGGGUUGCUGGGGGAGGUCAUUCCAAGGGAGUGGGCCCCUUGCUGAGUAAAUAGGUGGCAUUUGCUUUGCCUUCCUGCCUACAUGUCUCUGUGGGGAGGAAGUGAGCAGGAAGGGGGAACUGCAUCAAGAAAGAAGCUCCUCCCCUUGUCCCACCACAGCCACCCAGGUCUUCCCAGAUAGCAAGCUUGUGUCCCAGACUGCAGGUGACUGGGGUGGGCAGGCUUCCUGCUGUCCACCAUAGCCUCUGUGGUCCACUGGAGCUCUCUUUCUCUUGCCUGCCAGGGCAGGAUGUGUCCACAUCCCCUCUGGGGUUUGAGCAGUGAGAACACCAGAAGCUUCAGGUGGGCAAGGAGCUGUAAAGUAGAAGCUGGUCCUGCCUCCUUGAGCUUCCCUGUUCCCUCCCUGCAUCACUCUGCUGGCCUCCAGGCUCCUGCCUCUGCCUUUCUACAACUUCAGCCCAAGCCAGACCAAAACCCUUUAUUCCUUUCCCCUCAGCCCAGCAGAAUCAUGAUAAAAAUUAUUGUUUUAAAAAAGAACUUUACUAAAACUUAAGGGAAAACCACAGGAAGUGAACAAAGAAAAUAUAUCGUGUGCUGAUCACUGCGUGUAAUACAGAUCUCUGGUUCUGAGCAAGGGGACACUUGACUAGGCUUCCCUUCUGAGGUAACUUCACUCUGACACUGAUGCCCCCCUUUCCCAUCCUCUCUUGGCUGCCAUCUUGUCUUUCUGGCCUUAAGCUGUGGUAGGAAUCCUCUUGUGCCGUCUGAGGAACAAACAUCUCCCACAUGAUGGAAUCAAACCCUUUCACUUUGGUUCAUUUCUCUCAGUGUCUGAGGGACCCGCCAGUCCACAUCCCUGUCGAAGGGCAAUCUUUGCUCCCACUUUAUUUAGCCUAGAGUAGUUUUCGACCCUGCCCAUUAGAAUCACCUGGAGAGCUUUAAAAACAACUCUGGGCCCACCCCCAGAGACACCGAUUCCACAGGUAUUGUAAAAAGCAAACCCAGUGAUUGUGACAUGGUAAGAGGUAAGAGCCACUCAUCAGCCCUGUCCGAGUUUUCAACUUGCUUUGUCCUGGAGUUCACUCAGCUACCUCCCUGAGAGCAUCCCCACACACACACAUCUAGGGACAGGUUUUUAAAAUAGGAGGUCCACUAAAGCAUUCAUACAACUCAAAACAUAAACACCCCAAAAUGAGACUUGCACACAGAUGCUCCAGAUGGCCCGUUCUCUCCCAGUGUCUCCAAGGCUAGCUGGCUCUCAGCUGUAGGUAAGCUGGGCAGAAAGUGUUGCUUGGCCAAGAAGGAGCCUGGUUCCUGGCAGGCGCUGAGGAACAUCAGAUGUGCGCUGCCGGAGCCUGUCUCUAUUUACCACCACCGUCGCCAGCCGCACCCCCCCCCCCCGC